AUUGAGAGUGAGGCCUAGAACUCUUAUAUUAUUAUUUUUUUUGUUCUCCACCAAUCAAAAAUCAGUAUUUUAACACACCUACUGCAGACGUGGUCGAUAACCUUAAACAUUGUUCAAGCUUUUUUCUGGAUAAAAUGUUUAGUAAAGUACAGAGACAGGUUUACGCUUUUGGGAAUGCUUGUCAGAAGUUAACAGGUCUGCAACAGAAUGUUCGUGGUGUUAUAACCCAAACAGCAAAGUCCCAGACAGUGUUUGAUAAAGAGGCAAAAUAUGGAGCCCACAACUACCACCCCUUGCCUGUGGCAAUCAAUAGAGGAGAAGGAGUAUUUAUGUGGGACGUUGAUGGGAAUCGCUAUUACGAUUUUCUCAGUGCCUACAGUGCAGUAAAUCAGGGUCACUCGCACCCAAAGAUCAUCAAAGCCCUGACCGAUCAAGCAUCUACUUUAGCCUUGACCUCCAGAGCAUUCUACAAUGACGUGCUUGGAGAAUAUGAAGAAUAUGUCACCAAACUGUUUGGCUAUGAUAAGGUGCUUCCUAUGAACACAGGUGUGGAAGGUGGAGAAACAGCUAAUAAACUGGCUAGAAAAUGGGCUUAUAAUGUUAAGAAAGUCCCAAAAGACCAAGCCAAAAUUGUUUUCGCAGAAGGGAACUUCUGGGGUAGAACACUGGCUGCUAUUUCCAGUUCUACAGAUCCUUCUAGCUACGAUGGAUAUGGCCCGUAUUUGCCUGGUUACACAAUUGUGCCAUACAAUGACCUUGAAGCUCUAGAGAAAGAGCUGCAGGAUCCUAACUGCUGUGCUUUCAUGGUGGAGCCCAUCCAGGGAGAGGCUGGGGUUGUAGUCCCGCAGGAGGGGUACCUAAGAAAAGUCAGGGAAUUAUGUACCAAGUACAAUGUGCUGUGGAUUGCUGAUGAGGUGCAGACCGGACUGUGCAGAACAGGGAAGAUGUUGGCUGUUGACCAUGAAAAUGUUAAGCCCGACAUACUUAUUCUGGGGAAAGCUUUGUCUGGAGGCAUUUAUCCAGUGUCUGCUGUCUUGGCCGAUGAUGAGGUGAUGCUUACCAUUAAACCAGGAGAACAUGGAUCUACAUACGGAGGUAACCCACUAGGAUGUAGGGUAGCCAUUGCAGCAUUACAGGUCUUGUUGGAUGAGAAACUUGCUGACAAUGCAGAGAAGUUAGGAGUAAUUUUGAGAAACGAACUAUCUAAACUGCCAAAGGAGAAAGUGAAAUUAGUCAGAGGCAAAGGCUUGUUAAAUGCCAUUGUCAUUAACGACAAAUAUGAUGCCUGGGACGUAUGUGUCAAGCUGAGGGACAAUGGACUACUGGCCAAGCCCACACAUGGUGACAUCAUCAGAUUUGCCCCACCCCUAGUUAUCUCCGAGCAAGAGUUAAAUGAGUGCAUUUCCAUCAUCAAGAGCACCAUUGAAAGCCUUUGAAGAUGUUGGCGUAUUCCUCUGCGUUUCAUAGCAAGGAGAGACGUUAGAUACUAUCCAUGUUGAUUAAUGGUGGAAAUUAAUAUCAAAGCAUGUGAUCAAAACUUUUGGGAGAAAGUAUCUAAUUUAGAUAAAAUUUCAAAAAAUUAAUUCCUCAUUGAAAAGUUUCUUUUCAUAUCUCAGAACUUUUUCCAAAAACAAAAAACAAGAUGUCUCAUUGAAAGUUUACUUUCUUAUCUCAGAAUAUUUUUUGAAAAAUGAUAUUCUCAUUGAAAAGGAACUUUUCAAAUCUCAGAAUAUUUUUCAAAAAUUAUAAUCUCAUUGAGAAGUUUUCUUUCACGUCUCAAAGUAUUUUUUUUUUCAGUGUUCUAGUGCCAUAACUAUAGUGGGUUUUUUUUCUUCUUCAAAGUGAGGGCAUUGUAUUAUCUUGAUGUUGGAGUUGGAAACGUUUAAUUUUUUUCUUCUUGAUAUUACUCCUUCUGUGAAGGAAACUUUGAAAUGCAAAAACUGAAACAGUGUGAUAGAGGUUUGAAAUCUCAAAUGAUUCGCUUUAUUUUUUUUUUUUAACUAAUCCAAAUUAGUGUAGUUAUGUUUUGAGUUUAUAAAAUUAAAGAUCUGAGUGUUGUGUUCAAUGCAUGUUACUCUGAAAGGGUAUUUCAUAUUUGAUGUACCAACUUUUAUGUUUUAUGAAGUUGUAGAAAAAUCUUCUUUUGUCAUGAAGUUGCAGAUGUGGAAUGGUAUUCAGCAUUUGAUUAAAUCACGGUUACAGUGUA